AUCCUUCAGGCUGGGACUUGUUUACGCAAUUGCUACUCUUGCAUUCUUUUCAUCUCGUUUCAGAACAACCACUCCCUGGCCAUAACCCCCCCCCCCUCACUCCACUAUUCCCUCCCAUACUUCUAACAGCCUUCCUCGACAAUACAACCAGGCAGUUAUUCUUACAGCAGGUCACAUUCUUGGCAGGAGCAAGACUUGGCACUGAAUGAGGCAUGCAGGGAGAUUCGGCCAGCUGGCAUGACCGGCCGUUGCGUCACGAUGCAGGUCCAUCACGAGAAUACCCUCCAGCAGGCAUGCACUCGCGACCACACCACCACCGCCAGCAAGAAAGAGAGAUAGCGUCAACGAGCAAGUCUCGGAGACAAGAAGAAAGAGUUGAUCUUGAGGAUCGAUUCAUCAUUGAAGAGCCAUUACGGCCUCGAGCCCCUCACGUACGCCCGCCUAGACGGCGACGGGCUGCAUCUGCAGCUUCAUCAUCGGAAGCGUUGAGUACAGCGUCACUGAGGGAUAGCAGCAGCGGCAGAAGCGCAAAAGGAAAGGGGAAGGAGGAGCAACCGUCAUACCUCUCAGCAACAUCGCCACAGUCACAUGAGGAGAGCAUCUACACGCGGCAAUACUACAAACACGAGUCAUCGUCCAGAACCCCUAGGGAGAUGCUCGAGAACGGCGCAGAUGAUGUCGCUUGGCGGCAGGAUGGACCGGGUGCUGGUGGCAGCAGCAGAUCUGUCCGUCUUCCGCCUGCGCGGCGCGGUAGUGUCGGCGAGCUGGACACAGAUAGGACAGGUGAUGCAGAUUUUGACGAGGCGAUCGAGUCGCUCAUCCGCACGCGACGGGAGCUCUUGGCCGCAGCAGAGCGGUCGUCAAAGGAAAAGAGGGCGAGGAUACAGCUGCGGAGAAAGGUCGCGGAGAAGUACUGGCGGACAGGAAAGAUGAUCAAGAGCCUGGAGCGGCGGUCAGCGAUGAUGGAGAAGCAUAGCGAUCCGGCAUUACCGCCAUUAUUGAGACGACAACAGCCGGAAACGCCAGCUCAGCCUCAGCAAGCUCAGUCCCAGCAAGCUCAGCCUCAGCCAUCCCCUCAACAGGCACAGGCGCCAUCCUCUCCAGCUCCCCCCUCCCAACCUACUCCUGCUGUCCAAGCGGCAACACCCGCAACAGGAAAUCCACCGCAAGUUCCAGGCGCGGCUCCAACAACAGCAAACCCAGCACCAGCGACGCCGCCGACUUCCUCGAUUACUCCACAACUAGAAGUAUCGAUGGAGCCCACGGCGCUGCCAAGCGCGUUGGUGUCGUCAGCACCAAUGCCAAGCGCGAAUUCAUCGUUGGCGGCGUUUUCGACUCCACUACCUUUGCUCGGCGCAGCUUCGUCUGCACCUACGACAACAGGCUUGGCAGCCGGCGGCAACGGUGGUGGGACAAGUCACAAUGUCCCGUUCAUCCUCAUCGUGUCCGUCGGCGCUGCCAUCGUCGCGGCGACGCUCAUCGGGGGGCUCGCGUGGAUGUUCCGGCUGUCCUCAUCCAAGGACCGCGUCAACAAGCGCAAGCGCCUCGAGCGCGGUAACUGGUCGCCCGGCGCUGGCUCUUCGGUCUUUUCGCUCCGGGAGGCCGAGAAGGUCCUGCUGGGAGGCCAGUCGAUCAACAGCCCGAUGCCUGCAUUGACGGGGCUCAGCGACUCGCGGCGGGGCAAACAUACGGCGCCAGCCAGCCACCUGGAGCCCAUGCCGGUGCUCUCAGGCAGAGGCUGGAUGCUGUUCGACAACCCUGUGCCCAGACGCAAGUCCUCCGUGCCCAGUCAAGAUGAGGAGGGCCAAGGCUUAGGUCUCGGCCUUGCACCGCACCUCGGCGAUACGUCAGGCUUUGCCGUCACCCGCCGCGGUCCAAGUACAGCUGCGGAAGAGAGGGAAAAGGACGUUGAUCGUGACAUGCACGGCAUCUGGCCACCCGCGACGCGCAGGCCCAGCGUCAUGGAGCGACUUCUGCACAAGCGCUCCCUGUCCGGCGGCCUGCCUCUGCAGCACAGCCACUCUCGUUCCGAAUCAGUGUAUGCGGCUACGCGGCGGCGCUCUGCGUUCCCUCUAGACCAACCAUCCGCAUGGUCAUCCAUCGCACCCAUCGUAAACGGCCAAGCGAGCGAAACGAUCCUCUUCACUGAUCCGUUUGGUGGGCCCCACGCCGAACAAGCCACCGUGCCAUCACGGAAAAAGAGCACGGGUAUGCUAUCGACGCUCUCCAACUCUCUUCUCAAAGCAACUCGGCUGAAUCGCAGAGAACAGACGCCCUCUGGAGCAGAUGACACAGAAUCCCUGGUGCGAUCAGAUUCGCGCGUCAUCACGCUCGGACGCAGGGACAGCCAGUUGCCGAGCGUACGUCGACUGACGAAGCAGGAUCCGCGCUUCAAGUGCGACGAGAGCACGACUACGGAAGAAUUCAGCAGCACUUUGGCAGGGUCAUGGGAGCAAGAAUCACGGCAGCAGCAACAACACAAUAGCCCUGCGUGGCAACUGUACACUCCGAUUUCCAAGUGUACACCCGGCAUGGCAGGAAUCGGCUCAGCGUUCCGGACGAAUGAUGGCCCGCUUCCGACGCUGCCUGGAAACGGUGGCCACCUGUGCGAGGUCGAGGUGCACCAGGUCGCGGUUCCAGAGCCCGCGCUGAUGUUCGAGCCCGCGCUUUUGCGGCACGACGCGGGCCUGCAGCUGUCCUCGCUGGAGCAGCUCAAGCGGCAGCAGGAGUUGCUGGCCGUGGAGAAUGCCGCUGAACAGGAGUCACCCAAAGCGAGGCUCAAGCUGGAGGCAAACAUUGCCAAGUGGCAAGCACGCAGUCGCGAUGCGGAGGCGCCGCUCGAGCGCAAGCCUACCGACUCGUCGUGGUCGUCAUCAUCGGCAACUUUGUCGUCGGCCUCUUCUGCCUCGCUCCUGUACGGAGAUGCAAAGGGCCGCCGAAACGCCGACCAGCUGCUUAAGGACCGCUCGCUCAGCUCAACAACGGCGACGACGCUCUUCUCUCCUGUUACUUCCAUCUCGGAGGGCUCGAGCGUCUCGGUCAGGGCAGCCAAAGCGCGAGCGGCGGCAGCGACGGCGCUAAACAGCUGGAGCACGAUCGUUGCUCCGAUGCCGAGCUCGCCUUCCGAGGGCUCCGCAAUCCAUUUCGAUGAGGUUGCAACUGAACAAACGGAGGAGGAGAAGCGCGGCGCCAUCAGCAGCGGCGCUUCUCGCCAACGGCGCGCAGCAAGUAAGUCGAGCAGGGCGACAAGCGCUACUGCAGUAGCAUCGUCGCUGUUUGACAAAGUCGACGAUAAGGAUGCUCCGGCCGCGGAGCAGCGCGCUGCGAGGCGCCGACAGCUCAAGCUGGCGACUGCGCGCGCAUUGCGCAGCGAGGAUGUUGGUGUUGCUGCGACGGUGGGUCCGGACCUUGCGGACCUGGCGAAGGAGAUCGACUCGAUGCUCGAUGCGACUUCAUGCGAGGCGCACUGCGUUGGCAAGACAGCUUUGGCUGGGCGCACUGCGGCGAGUGAUGUGCGUGUUGUCCGUGCGCAUGUUCGUUCGCGGCUCACAACGCGCGAGGCCCAUGCGUCAUCGCUCGCUUCGAGCGACUCGGAUAUCUCGCAGCGGCGCUGGUCAUCUGCACCUGGUCGGCGCGAGCUGCGGAUGGACGACGAUACCGACGCUGCGUACAUGCUGGCUGAUGGUCGAAAGACGAUUCGGCCCGCGCUGGCGAAGCAGCGGCAGCAGAAGCAGCGCCAACGCGCUGCGUCUUCGUCCUCCUCCUCGGCGGCCGAGCUCGCGUACCUUUCGUCCACGCGGCGGCGAGCGCAGCAGGGGGAGGAGCAGUCGAACACACGCCUUUAGCAAAACGGCAGCAACAGCACGCAUG